AUGGCGCCGAAACGAGGCAAGACGUCUCCCACGGUGAAGGAUGAGGUCAUGGAGGACGUCAAACCCGAGCUGGAGGACAUCGUCAUGGCCCCGCCGCCCGGCAGCGAGCACCUCGGCCAGGCCCUCGACGACUUCCUCCGCUCGAGGAAGGCGCCCAACAGCCGGCGGAUCCUUCACAGGCUGCUCGGCAUCCUCCACCCGAACAACCUGCGCGCGGCCGCGCACGAGCUGCGGUACAACAAGCCGCAGUGGUCCGACGAUAACACCACACCGGCGCAGUAUCGCGCGCACUGGCGCGUGCAGGCGUCCAAGAUCGUCGGGUGCAAAGAAGACGCCUUCCCGGAACCCGUGAUCAACGCGCUGCGAGGAUUCUUAUGGCCGGGGUGUCUGGACACGCAACGCGGCGAACACCUCGCGUGGCUCGUGAAGGUCCCGGCGUUCGUGACGCGCGCGUGGCGCGCGGCGUCCGACGCCCUCGACGAGGUAUCGGAGUUGGACGGCGGAGUUGGGACGGAGAUUGACGGCGGGAAAGUCGACGACAAGGAGCUCCUGGGGCGCAUGCGCAUGACGGUGGACCCCUUCGCGCCGCCGGAGAAGAGGCAGCGGCACUUCCUCACCCUGGAGGACAACGUAUCCGCCGCGAACAGGAUCCCGAAGGAGUACGACAUGGUGAUGACCCCGGACGACCAACCCAUACACGUCUUCUCGGACGUCCGAGAGAACACCGCCGCCGCCGCCGCCAGAGCCGCGGCGCGGUUAGCCGCCGAACGAGCGCUCGCGGGCCGGGGAUCAGGGGAGAACCAACUCUCGCUGCCGCACGACGAGUUCGUGCUGGAGGGGGCGGUGAGCGAGAAGUUCGACGUGCGACCGGCGUCGGUGACGGACGAGGCGUACCGCGCGACGCACCUCAGGCGCAUCGAGGAGGCGACCAAGAAGACGAGAGUCAUGGGCGACGUCAAGGGACCGCAGCGCACGGUGCCGCUGCCAAAGGCUCGGAACAUCACGCAGAGGCUGGACGGCAAGGAGGACGUCAAGGAGAAGGCGGAGCGCUUGGAGAAGCCGUUGCUGGAGGACAGGCUCAUGGGACUGUUCGAGCGGCAGAGUCUGUGGAGUUUCAAGCAGCUCGUGGCGGAGACGCGUCAGCCCGCGGUGUGGCUCAAGGAGGUGUUGACGGAACUCGCGGUGCUCAACCGAAGGGGGCCGAACACGGGCAUGUACGUCCUGAAGGAGGAGUACAGGAGACGCGGGGCGUGA